UCCUCUCCAUCUCCAUCCGGCGCUCCCGAAUAUCCUGCUCGGGGCCGCGCCGCGCGCUCCCGCCAAGCUCGUGUUGAAGAGUCAAGGCGAAAAGCAUCCAAACGCACCAGGACCAGGAGGAGAGCUUCCCGCUAAAAAACACAACAGAACGUGGGAGAAAUCCGUGAAAAAUGACAGCAGAGUGAGGAUGAUGAGAGCCGCGAUCGCUUCACUGGAAGGUCAUUCCCGAAAAACACAGGCAGUGCGCAGACUAUACGGAUAUCUGGAGUACAUAAGCGGCUGCAAGUGAAGACCCCGGAACAGUGAACACACGCAGUCCCGGCUUCUUCUUUUUUUCUUUUUAAUUCUUAUUCUUAUUUGCAGAAAGGCAUGGGGGGAUUUACAUCUCGACAAGGCAGCACCGGCUAGAAGAUCUGACGAACGGAGAGAGGACAGUGAAUAAGAGGAACUGAGAAACAACAUUCUCUCAUCGUCUGUACGCUGGUGGGCUCCAAUAUCACAGCUGAUGACUGUCCCUCAGGUGGCUGGACUACAGGGCUGAGUGGGAAGCCUGUGUGUUUGCUGAGGGGAGUACCCCGGCUUGUAUGUUGGUCACCUGCACUCGUAGUCGCUCACAAGGACCAUGUGGUUUUCUCCAAGGAGAAAUCGUUUCCCCUCGCAGAACUGGCACGGUGCCCACAAUUGCACCAAUUUCAGCGUGUCCUUGUGGGUAUUAAGUUUUUGCUGGUGCUUUGUGGCUGUGAGAGGCCAGAACUACCACCCCACUGUGAACACGCAGUAUGGGAAACUCCGAGGGGUGAGGGUGCCCCUGCCUAGCGAGAUCCUGGGGCCAGUUGACCAGUAUCUGGGGGUACCAUACGCUGCCUCCCCCGUGGGAGAAAAACGCUUCAUGCCCCCAGAGCCUCCUUCUUCCUGGUCGGGGAUCAAGAACGCCACCCACUUUGCUCCCGUCUGCCCCCAAAAUAUUCACAAUGCUGUGCCAGAGAUCAUGAUGCCAAUAUGGUUCACCUUCAAUCUGGAUAUAGUUACGACGUACAUACAGGAUCAACACGAGGAUUGUCUUUACCUAAACAUCUAUGUUCCAACAGAGGAUGUCAAAAGAAUAUCCAAGGAAUGUGCCAGGAAACCCAACAAGAAAAUGUGUAGAAAAGGAGGGGCCCAUGCAAAAAAACAGGGCGAGGAUUUGUCGGAUAACGACGGUGAUGAAGAUGAAGACAUACGAGACACCGGGGCCAAGCCUGUGAUGGUCUACAUCCACGGAGGAUCCUACAUGGAGGGGACGGGCAACAUGAUCGAUGGGAGCGUCCUGGCCAGCUACGGAAAUGUCAUCGUUAUCACUCUCAACUACCGCGUUGGAGUCCUCGGAUUCCUCAGCACAGGUGAUCAGGCUGCUAAAGGGAACUACGGGCUCCUGGACCAGAUCCAGGCUUUAAGGUGGAUCAGUGAGAACAUCGGCUUCUUUGGGGGAGAUUCCAACCGCAUCACUGUGUUCGGUUCUGGGAUUGGAGCUUCCUGCGUCAGCCUGCUCACCCUCUCCCACCACUCUGAAGGUCUGUUCCACAGAGCCAUCAUUCAGAGCGGGUCAGCUCUCUCCAGCUGGGCGGUGAACUACCAGCCGGUCAAGUAUACACGUCUGCUGGCGGAGAAGGUGGGCUGUAACGUCUUGGACACGUCAGGCAUGGUGGACUGUUUGAGGAAGAAGACCUCCAGGGAGCUUGUGGAACAGGACAUACAACCAGCAAGGUACCAUGUGGCCUUUGGACCUGUAAUCGAUGGUGAUGUUAUCCCAGACGACCCCGAGAUCCUAAUGGAGCAGGGCGAGUUCCUCAACUACGAUAUCAUGCUGGGGGUGAACCAGGGUGAGGGGCUGCGGUUUGUGGAGAACGUGGUGGAUUCAGAGGACGGCGUGUCCGGAAACGACUUUGACUUCUCUGUGUCUGAUUUUGUGGACAGCCUGUACGGCUACCCGGAGGGCAAGGACACACUGAGGGAGACCAUUAAGUUCAUGUACACAGACUGGGCAGACAGGGACAAUCCAGAGACCAGGAGAAAGACUUUGGUGGCGCUGUUUACCGACCACCAGUGGGUUGAGCCAUCAGUGGUGACGGCUGAUCUCCACGCUCGCUACGGCUCACCCACCUACUUCUACGCCUUCUACCACCACUGCCAGAGCCUGAUGAAGCCCGCCUGGUCAGACGCCGCCCACGGGGAUGAGGUGCCCUAUGUUUUUGGAAUCCCUAUGAUUGGUCCCACUGACCUUUUCCCCUGUAAUUUCUCCAAGAACGAUGUCAUGCUCAGUGCUGUGGUCAUGACUUACUGGACCAAUUUCGCCAAGACUGGGGAUCCCAACAAACCAGUUCCCCAAGACACCAAAUUCAUCCACACCAAGGCCAACCGUUUUGAAGAGGUGGCCUGGUCCAAGUACAACCCCCAGGACCAGCUGUACCUGCAUAUCGGCCUGAAGCCACGUGUGCGCGACCACUACCGUGCCACCAAAGUGGCCUUCUGGAAACACCUAGUGCCCCACCUGUACAACCUCCACGACAUGUUCCAUUACACCUCCACCACCACCAAAGUGCCCCCACCAGAGACCACGCAGAACACCUUGUCCACCAAGAGGCCCAAUGGGAAAAACUGGCCGUUCAACACCAAGCGGCCCCCCAUGUCCCCGGCCUACAACAGCGAGGACAAAGACUCUUGGAGCGAGGAUGAGGAGACAGGGCCGCUGGUGGUGGAGAACCCCAGGGAUUACUCUACGGAGCUCAGCGUCACCAUCGCUGUGGGAGCCUCGCUGUUGUUCCUCAACGUUUUGGCUUUUGCGGCACUCUACUACCGCAAGGACAAGCGGCGGCAGGACUCCAGCCACGGACAGCCCAGCCCGCAGCGCCAGACCACCUCCAACGACAUCGGCCACCACGCACCCGAGGAGGAGAUCAUGUCGUUGCAGAUGAACCAGACGCACCAUGAGUGCGAGGCGGGGAACAGCAACGAGGGGGCGCUGCGCUUGGCCUCGUUGCCCGACUACACACUCACUCUGCGGCGCUCUCCGGACGACAUCCCGCUCAUGACCCCCAACACCAUCACCAUGAUCCCCAACUCCCUGGUGGGCAUGCCCAACCUGCACCCGUACAACACCUUCACAACCGGCUUCAACUCCACCGGCCUGCCGCACUCCCACUCAACCACCCGCGUAUAGCUUUAAGAAGGCCAGGGGCAGCCAGCGCAGGCGGGGGAGGAGGAGGAGCAGGAGGAUGAACGAAUGGAAGAGAGGAUUGUGUUUUAUAAAUAUCACAGGGAAGGGGGAGGGCUGCAAGGGGGAGGGGAGGGGAAGGGCAGGAGACGGAUUAAAACGUGAGGAGAUUUAACUAGACUUUUACUACGAGGAGAGUUGCUGAGAGCUCUCUAUGGAUGUCAAGUUGUGCAGAGCUGCCAAAAUCAAACUGCUUCCCUUCUCCUGAACAGGGGAGGGUGUCUUUCUGCAGUGUUUUUUUCUAAAAUAAUCAUUUUAAAAGCCUUUUUAAGCAGACUGAGGAGAUAUCAACACUUUUUUUCUUGAAUUCAUAACAAAAACAAAGAGAAGUGCUUUUUAUUUCCCAUCCCUUCCUCCUGCGGGAGACACAUCUAGAACAAUGGCCUCUUCGUCAAUAUUCGCAAAAUGUUUUUAAUUGCUUCUUUGUUGUGUUUUACGUUUCAAUGCCUUACAAAGCUUGUUCUUUUUGUCAUUAUUUCUAUUCCCUGAGACUAUUCCAUGUGGAGUGUGUUACAAGCAGAUGAGACUCAAAGAUGAGAGACUGAAUCCACGAUGGGAAUCUAGAGGAUAUGCAGAUGUAGAGAUUUUAAAACCCAUUUUGGGAAACUCAUUUUUUUUCUGUUGUGUAUCAACACAACAGCCCCACAAAUGGUGUUAUCUCUUUUUUUUCUUUUUUGUUUUUAGCUCGUAUAGUAAUGAUUUGUCUGGGACAGCUCUUGCCGGGAGAUGAGAAGGCCAAGAGAUAAAUACUAUGUUACUGUGAUUGUUUUGUUAAGAAAAAAAGUGCAUCUUUUACAGCCAAUUUAUCUGUUAAGUUAUCUGAUAUUAUCUCCACAAAGUGUGCACGUACACAUGCUGCUUAGAGCACCUGUGUGUUUGUGUGCAUGUGAAAAUGAUUUCUCAUUCCUUGCGUGAGAGCGUAGUCAAGAGGCUGAGAUAAAGGAAGAGACACACUGUCGGAACUUGCAAAUGCAAGAGUGGUGAGUGAGCGUGUGUGCGUGUGUGUGUGUGUGUGUGUGUGUGUGUGUGUGUGUGUGUGCGUGCGUGCGUGCGUGCGUGCGUGCGUGCGUGCGUGCGUGCGUGCGUGCGUGUGUGUGUGUGUCCGUGCACCUGUUUUUUUGUUUGUAGGUUAUAUAGUGUGGUUUUUUGGGGGGUGGGGGCUGAGUACUUUCUCAUGUUGUUGAUUUUGGUUUAUCACAAGUAGUGUUUCUGCUGCGUCUCUGGGUGUCUGUCUUUGCAAAAUAGCACUUUUGUUAUUUUUAAAGUUAUAUAUGUCUAAUUUUGCUUAAAGAUUACAAAAUAAAUCUAUUAUUUUAUGUGUAAGAGAAGAAAAAAAUAGCUAAAGAUUCAACUGAACUAACUGACAUGAUUCCAUUGACUUUGUAAGAGUUCCUCUUCAAAAGCAGACAGUGGCCUGUUUGCACUGAAUAAACCUAUAUCAGUGCACACUUGUAUUUCUUUGAAUAUAUAUAUAUAAAUAUGGGCAUACAUACAUAUAUGUAUAGGGCUUCUAUGGAGAUAUCUGUCCCACUUACAAAACAAUGAAAACACUGUUCAGACUGAAAAGCACCAACAUAAAUAAUUUCUAUGUAUUGUUGUUGUCAUUUGAAACAUACCAGGCCAAGACCACGCUAGGUGUCUUUGUAAGAGCUCUAUAUGUAUAUUUAUGUAUAAAAUAUUUAAUAUUUAUUUAUGUAUACCAGAUGCAUACAUGCUGAUUGUGCCAUGUGCCCAAUUAAAACUGUAAAAAAAAGAUGAAGAAUAUAAAGUUUCACUAAACUUUCUUUUCUCUCUUGAUCAAAGUUGUUUUCCUCCCUUUUUGUGACUUUUUAUUAUUUCCAUUUUGAAUGAGUUAAAAAAGAAAUAUUCUUGCAGCGAGUGCAAGGCUCCCCCCAGGACUUCCUCUCCCCUCCUCCUCCCUCUCUCCUUUUCUCUCGAUGAAACCUUUGAGAAAAACAGGCUAACAGCUUGGGGCCUAUCUGCGUGCAUAACUCCACAUUUUACUGUAAUUCAUGCAAAGUAGUGCUGCAGCAAUGGGAGAUUGUGAAAAGAUUGCCUUGAUGUACUCACAUUGCAUCCUAUUAUAUGUUAUUCUCAAGGAGAAAACUGGAGUUAUUGAUUCUGCGAGUAAAACUGACAAUUUUCAUUAAGUACCUUGGUGUAGCACAGAUUGUCUGCUGCGUUACAGCGAAGAGCAGUAAUGCAACCUGACCAGUGAUCCUAGAGCAGCGUUGCAGUUUUUACAUACUUCAUGCACGUAGACCUCAACGUUUUUAUGAAGUAUUUCAUUACAGCUUCCCUUGGUAUUUAAUGGUUGGAAACGCAGCAGAGCGAGAAGCACAGUCUGGUCAGCUCAUCACCGAUCCUGCCAGUAGCAUAAAGAGAGAAGAGGUUAUUUGAGGGAAAUUGCUUGGAGACUGAUCUAUAUGAGUCAUCUUGUCUUUGCUCAUCCUGCCUUAUAUGGAGCUCACCUCCUAAUCAGCCGCCGUCUUAAACUGAGCCACAGCCACUACGAAGGAACCAAGCACCCAGUUUCUACCUGGAGCUGCCUCACACAUACAGAAGCAUUUAAUAAUGGCUGAGUGUGUGUGCUCACAAAAGAAGUAAGAGCUUGCAAUAUUAUCAGCAGAACUUUGUUAUGUGGCCUAAAAUGAAGAAACAUCAUGUAACCGAUGACAUUUUCAAGAGCAAAGCCAUUUUAACAAAAUACUCCAGAAUACAAAAUGGAUGUAGCCUUUUCUUGCUGAGUCCUAAUAAGUUCUUUUAGGGUCAAUUCACCCAGAUUAUAUAUAUUUUUUAACUCUCUUAUUUUAAACAAAGGAACUCCUCGCACAUCUGUUUCAUGAGGCAGGUGCAUGGGAGAGGGAUAAGCAUGUCCAAAAGUUUCAGACUUUUGCAGACUGUCUACCUUACACAUUGAUUUGGUAAUAUUUGUGUUGCAUCAAAUGCCUGAUGAAAGUUUAGUGCCAAAAUCUUGCACUAUUAAAUGUAUUUUUGCAAUUUAGACUGUUUGCAGGAGCUGAAGAAUGAAGGUGGUGUUGAAGUGUCUAAAGCUGAAGUUCCUUGACUGUCUACUUGAGGCUGCCUCCAAAAGUGACCCCAUGUCAAAAUGCCCAACUUUAUAGCUGAAAUAAGCACACAUAAAGCCUGAUACAAAAACAGUUCUGAUAUUGAAAGCUAGGUUCCCCAUUUAUGACACCACUGCGGAAUGUGAAUCUUUAUAUAACUCACCCAUUUCAAUUGUAUUAAGGUCACAAAUUAUGCAUAAUUAAGAGCAUGUUUGCUUUGGUACUGCCAAGAUGGCGACAGCUGGAGCCACCAAAAUGAAUUUCAGGAAACCUGUGGAUGACAUCAUGGAGCAAAGAAACAUUCUUUCACACAGUCCAUGAUUUAACCAUGCACAAACUUUUAUUUGUCAUGGUUUUGAGGAACAGAGAUUUCUGUACCCACCUUGACACAUCAGCAACUAAACAGAAGUUUGUUUGUGGUCCUAGUGGCACUGAAAGAUGAUAUUUAGGAUGUUAAUGAAGACAAAUGAACCUUUCUUAAAGAACAGCUGCAAAAACAUUCUUUUAAGUGUUGAAUCAUUUAGGGACUAUUUCUUUGGCUAAAAGAAGCUCAUAAUGAGAUCUGUGAAUUCUUGUUUCUGAUUUUUUUCACUCUUGUAAUCAAUAUUUUUACAUUUACAGUCGAUCAAAUAACUAUGUGAUCCAGAGGGACUAACUCACAGGUAGCCACGCAGCUGUGAAGCCUCCUUCAGCACUUACAUUUCAGCGUGUUUUAUUAAGUUUCGUACCUUUACUGUUAUGGUUCAGUCUCGCUGCUCUGAUUCUCAUGGUUCCUCAUUUUAAAGGACAGCGAAUAUUGGACAGGUGGCCAGAAACAGCACUCCAAAUAAAUGCUAAUGUUGCUCAGUCCCUGCUGGAUGUGUGAAUAAGCAGCUGUUUGCUAACAAGCUUGCAACGUGUGAUAUGUGGCCCAAAAAUACAGAAAAAUCAUUACAGUUUGAAUAUCAUUUCAAAUGCUGUUAGCACCACCUACAAAAUCCCAAUCAACAUUCCAGUCAUUAUUAAUUUAUUAUUUAUAUGAGAGAAGGCUACCUGCUAAUUAAGGUUUGCAAGAUGUGGAGGACAGCUCCUGAAAAAUUUAUAGUAACUGCACCUGAAAGAUUUUUUUGUCAAAAUGUUGAUUUUUUUUUUUUUUGAAUGUAAUUUGGGUGAACCAACCCUUUAAGAGAGGACAUGACUCAAAGUGGACUGUUGACUCAUCUGAUUCGUGUGCAGUGGCAAGAGUUUCCAUUGGCCCCAACACACACACACACACACACACACACACACACGCACACACUAAAACACACAAACACACACACACACACUAAAAUUGAGUGGUGGAGUUGAGAGUGAACUAUCAAAGGGAAGAAAUGUCAUGGGAGGGCAACUUGUUUUUUGCCAUGUAAUUUUCCCAUAUGCUGUUAAAGCAGAGCAGAUGUCACUGAGUAUUGGCAGGGGCAGACCUGGUGGCCCCGGGGACACAGUUUGGGAGACAUGGCCCUGUGAAGAGCCACAUAAUUAAGUGUCAGACCAAAGGGAAAGACCAUGGAAACUGCAGUGGUGUGGUGCAGCAAGAGAAAAACGGGGUCAAGUUCCUUCUGCAAUCAGACACCUGAAGGCUUGAUGAAAUUAGUCCAAACUUCCUAUGACAAGAAUCACCAGCAGGAGAAAAAAUGGGACAGUUCUGAGAGAGUUUCUUUUCCACAGUCAACAUUUGUUUGCAGUUCAGUGAGAGUGCUUCUAAAGUGACAUCAUUCAAGGAUUGGCUGGAAUACCCCGAUGGGGUUUGUGACUGCCUCGACAGCACUGAAGACAAACCCAGGCUAGGAAAUGGAUGUGCCAAAUUACACAGUGCCACCCGCUGGGAAAGAGCUGCAGGUGUGUGUGGGUUCUUCGUGUGUGUGUGUGUCUGUGUGUGGAGACAGUGAGAAUUUUAUUUCUACCACAGUGAACAUGUUGUUACCGAUAUUUCCUCUCACCUUCUCCCUCACCUUCAUCUCUCUCUUCCAGUGUCUCAUUCGUCUUUGCUUUCUUCUUCCUAUUUCAUGCACAAAUGCUUUUUUCUUACCUCCCUCACAAAAUGCAAUCUAAGCAGCUCUACCUCUGUCUCACAAAGACAUGACAUGCCCAUUUUCUCUAUCUUCUACUUUUUUAAGUGCCAUAGUCUGUACUCCCGUAAUUUACAGACAUUUAAAGUCUAAUUUUCUUGAGUUGCUGUGUUUUUCUGCUGACUAAGAAGUUAAUGAAUGUUACUUAUUGGCAAGCAGAGCAGACUCAGUCACUGAACCAAAACUCUUGUACUUUCAAUUUAAAUAGCCUGUUUUUCUCCAAAAGGGAAACCAUACUGCAUUGUGUCAAAACAUCUACAAUCUAUUAUUUCCUUGUGAAAAAUGCACUCUUGACAAUUUUCCUUUACUCCCUCACAGCAUAGACAAAUCACUGGCGUAUUUUUCAGGUUGUCCUAACAAGGAGCGUCCUGCACUGGAGCUUUUUUGGUGGCAUCAAACCCAGAUACUGUAACACAUUUUUCACUGAAUACUAGGACUGUAAUCAAGAAAACCAAUGGUCUUUGAGCCCAAAUACAUUGUGGUAAAUCUCUGUUAUCUCAGUGUCAUUGUACAGAUUACUAAAGAUGCCCUGUUACUUCUAUGUUUAUGUCCAUAGAAUGUAUUUAUAAUCACAGAAACUGGAGUAAUCAAAAUAAAAUAUCUAUUCUUUCUGUA